AUGAAACUUGAUGCCGUUACAGUUCUCAGUAGUUUCGACUUAGGACGAAUCAAAAUCCGUGUACACAGAAAGUUGACCAAUCGCAUGCCACUGACAGCAACACCGAUCAACACAUUGAUUACUAAAGGUAAGCCGCUACUUAUACACGAGGGCUUCGUAUAUUCGCGUCAUCGUGAAAACGAGGAAGCGAUUACUUGGCGCUGCACUUUGUACAAGAAAUUAUCUUGUAACUGUUAUAUUCGAACUACUUCCGAUAAGCGCACAGGCUCUGUCGUUGGUGAUAAACCCGAGCAUAAUCAUGCUCCGAACGUUGCGUCCGUCGAGAGUCGCAAAGCCCAAGAAAAAAUGAAGAAACGGGCUGCAAAAUCCAGUGAGGCUACUGGUGUUAUAAUCGACGAAGUAUCAUCAGGUCUUUCGGAAGCUGCUGUUGCCGAAUUACCGAAUCGUGAUACUCUGCUACGAAGUAUGCAACGUGCUCGAGCUGCUAUUUGCAUUCCGUUUCCAACUCCGCACUCGAGAAGGGAAAUGAUCAUUCCGGAGUCGUACACCGUUACGUCAAAGGGGGAAGUGUUUUUAAUGCACGAUAGUGGAGGCGCCAAUCGUUUUUUGGUUUUUUCUACUCAGCAAAACCUCCAAUUGUUGGCCGAGUGCGAUGUUUGGCUCGGGGACGGCACUUUUACAUCUGUUUCGUCAAUUUUUUUGCAAUUGUAUACAAUUCAUGGCCUGCGUGCUAAUAAGAUAUUGCCUUUGAUUUAUGUGCUUGCUCCGAACAAGACAGAGCGUUUGUAUACAAAGUUCAUGCGGUGGCUCUUGGAACAAGACCUUCAAUUUAAUCCGAGAAGGAUCAUAAUAGAUUUUGAGUUGGCUGUGAUAUCGGCAUUACAAACGUGCUUUCCGAAUGUAGAGAUAAGCGGGUGUUUAUUUCAUUUUGGCCAAUGUAUGUGGCGAAAGAUUCAAGCUUGUGGCCUACAAUCUCGCUAUAGUCGAAGUACCGAAUUUGCGGUACAUAUUAAAAUGAUAAUUGCUUUGGCUUUCGUUCCGAUUGAUGAUGUUGUUGCUGUGUAUAAAGCGUUAAUCGAAAGCGAAUAUUUCAAGCAACAUGCCAAUGAACUGAAAGAUAUAGUUCGGUAUUUCGAGGAGACAUACAUCGGUAGCGAAGUUAGGGGGCAUUGGCGUUCACCUCGAAUUCCGGCAAGCAUAUGGAAUUGUUAUGCGUCCGUACUUUCUGAUGAACCACGAACGAAUAACGCCGUUGAAGGGUGGCAUAACGCUUUUAAUCGCCGAAUCAGAAUUGCUCAUGCAUCGAUGGGACAAUUUAUCGAUGCGUUGAAACGUGAGCAAAGUGCGACGGAGGUGGUCAUGGCGCAAAUUCGUGCGGGUUGCGAAGUUGCAAGACCACGUCGUCGAGUGUAUCGUGAUUACGAUGCGCGAUUAAAGCGUGUCGUUCUGGAAUACAGUCGCGAAAAUAGUGUUGAUUAUUUACGAAACAUCGCGUACAAUAUCAGUUUGUAA